CUAUCAUAAACUGUCACUUGAACUUACAGCUUGUCAAAUUUAUCGUACAACGGCACGUUUUCGUAAUUCGGAGCGGGUACAAAAUUAGUAGUUUGAAAUGUACGGAGUUAUCAAGUACGAUGUUUCGACUGUGAGCGGAUCUUUACUCAAUGCAUUUGUAUUACUUAUAAAUACCUUAUUUUUCAACGUGAAGUUAAUUGGAGAUCCUGAACAGGUGUACCCCAAGGAUAUCAGCGAAAAAAUACUGAAGGAGCAAGAAACGGUGUUCGACUUCAUCAUAGUAGGCGGUGGAGCUGCGGGAUGCGCUGUAGCAAAUCAAAUAACAGAAAAUGGCUUAUGGAAGGUCCUUUUGAUAGAAGCUGGCGAUUAUCCAAGUCCAAGCUCGGAAGUACCUGGUCUCUUCACCACGUUGAUUCGUUCAGGGGAAGAUUGGAACUUUCUUAUGCUCAAGGAACCUAGAGCUUGUCUUGGACUGAGGGAAUCUAGAUGCAGAAUAUCUCGAGGCAAAGCACUUGGUGGCACCAGCGCAAUAGGCAACCUGAUGUACAUAGGCGGUCUUCCCGAAGACUACGACGAGAACGGAUUCGUCCAAUGGGACGGUUCAAUUUUCCGCGACAUUUUCAUGCAUUUGGAAGACUACACCGGAAGUGAACAGUCUUAUUAUGGUCAUGGCAAAGGUGGACUUUUACAUUUUGAAGAUGCUGUCUACAACGAGUCAGCUAAAGAUAUGCUAGAAGUGCAUUACAUAAAAGUUGGUAGCAAGAGAAUGCCGAAACGACACUCCCUUGGCAUGAUCAGUCAUUUUUUGAUGACCAAGAAUGGUGAACGAUACAACAUGGCUAAGGUCUUUCUCACUCCGAUCAAGGAUCGUCCAAAUCUAUUUUUCAGUAAGAACACUCUAGUUGAAUCGAUCCAAAUCUCGGAACCCGUCGAUAAACGGGCAACCGGGGUCAACGUUUCAAUAAACGGAAUAAGACUAUCCCUAAGGGCUAGGAAAGAAGUAAUUCUUGCUGCAGGACCAAUCAAUAAUCCCAAGCUUCUCUUGCUAAGCGGUAUCGGAGAAAGGGGUUACUUAGAUAAACUAAAAUUACCUUACAAGGCGUAUAUGCCAGCAGUUGGAAAGUACCUACAAAUGCAUGUUGCUCUACCAAUAUACGUAUCUCUGAACCGUACUUGCCCCACCUGUGAACCAGAGGUAUACAAUGAGACAACACUUUAUCAGGAUACUUUCGAGUAUAUACUUCAGAGAAAAGGAAGAUUCACUCAUACAGGUGUCAAUAAUUUUGUCAACUACAUACUAACGAAGAAAACGGGUACUACAUUGCCGAACCUCUCUGUCCAACACAUGUAUUUCAGAAUAGAGGAUAGGAAUUUGUUGGCUUGGUUGGAAGCGAUGGACUACCAUCCUAAAAUUGCAGGGAGGUUGUUGAGCGUGAACAAGCUGAACCCAAUGAUGAUGUUUUUGGUAACGCUGAUACAUCCUUUGUCCAGAGGUGAACUGAACUUGAACGAAACGCACUUGCUCGGCGAUCCUUCUAUUAAAGGUGCAAUCUUCUCCGAUGAGGAAUCUUCUGACUUCGAUACGAUUCUAUCGGGAUUCAACUAUAUCACCAACUUGACCACUGUUAUGGAUGAUUUGGCCGCGGAGUUUAUGGACAUUGAUAUACCCAAUUGCAGAAACUACAAAUUUUGUUCCAUGAGGUACGUGAAGUGCUACAUCGAAAACAUGGUAUUUCCAAUGGGAGGUGUUGGAGGUACGACCAGAAUGGGCCCGGAGUGUGACGAAACGGCGGUAGUGAAAGAAAACUUGGAACUGCGAAGAGUAAGAUGUCUAAGAGUAGCAGAUUCUAGCAUACUGCGGGAACUGCCGAGGUCUAAUACUAUUGCUACCGAUGCUGCAAUCGGGUACAGGUUAGGCGAGAUUUUGAAGGAAAAGUGGAUGAAAGAUUACGAAGCCAAGUUCAAAGUCGGUAAAGAGGAGGAAGAAGAGACUGAAUAAGGCAUAAGGAUGUUUGAUGAUUGUGAUUAGUGUGGGAAGAGGUCAAACCUAAUGUAAAUUGAACCACGUUUAUAAAACAUAUAUAUCUUCGAAUUUUCCAUUACUCAAAGCAUUUAUUAGGGAUGAUGCUGGUUCAAAAGUAUCUUGCAC